UUCACUCCCAAGGAACAAAGCACACACCCGUCAUCUAACAUCAUCGACAAAAAUAAAGAAGGAAAUUGCAGGAGUAGGAGUAGGAGUAGGAGUAGGAUUAGGAUUAUACUCUCACACACAUAAUAAUACUAAUAAUAUAAACUAACAUCAAAUCAAAGUCAAUACCUCCCUUUCCUUUAGACCAUCUUAAACUUGUAAACACGCAAGCUUCAAUCCAAGAUAAAUUUAGUAUGUUUCCUCAGUAAAUCAAGAAAAGAAAGAAAGACUCUUGGAAAUUAUUACAUCUUCUUCUUCUUCACUCCAUGAAGGUUUCAUCCAAGAUUUGUGCUUUAAAUAUCAUCAUUGUUAUUCUGGUUGCAUUAAGUGUCAUUAAUGUUCUUGGUGAAGAUGACGUGAGGUGCCUGCAAGGUGUAAAGAACUCUCUUGAUAACCCAGAAGGGAAGCUGACCACAUGGAACUUUGCAAACUCAUCAGUUGGAUUCAUCUGCAAUUUUGUUGGGGUUUCAUGUUGGAAUGAUCGAGAGAACAGGAUAAUUAACCUCCAAUUACGUGACAUGAAGCUGUCAGGACAAGUUCCUGAAUCAUUACGGUAUUGUCAAAGCCUGCAAAACUUGGAUCUUUCAUCUAAUUCUCUCUCUGGUACGAUACCUGCUCAAAUAUGUACCUGGGUGCCUUACUUAGUCACUCUUGAUCUCUCAAAUAAUGAUCUUUCUGGCCCUAUACCGCCUGAUCUUGCAAACUGUACUUAUUUGAAUAAGUUGAUACUAUCUAAUAACCGUCUCUCUGGGUCUAUUCCUUUUGAACUUUCUGGUUUGGGUAGGCUCAAGCAGUUUUCUGUGGAAAAUAAUGAUCUUGCUGGUACAGUUCCUUCCUUCUUUACAAAUCUUGAUUCCGCGAGUUUUGAUGGGAAUAAGGGACUGUGUGGGAAGCCUUUAUCAAAGUGUGGUGGGUUAAGCGAGAAGAAUCUUGCCAUUAUAAUUGCCGCCGGGGUUUUUGGUGCCGCCUCUUCUUUGUUGUUAGGAUUUGGGGUGUGGUGGUGGUAUCAUUUGAGGUAUUCUGAGAGGAAGAGAAAGGGAGGGUAUGGCUUUGGAAGAGGUGAUGAUACUAGUUGGGCACAGAGAUUGAGGUCUCACAAGCUUGUUCAAGUUUCUUUGUUUCAAAAGCCUCUAGUGAAGGUUAAAUUGGCUGAUUUAAUAGCUGCUACAAACAAUUUUAGUCCAGACAAUAUCAUCAUUUCAACUAGAACGGGCACUACUUACAAGGCUGUUCUUCCUGAUGGAUCGGCUCUUGCACUCAAGCGUCUUACUACUUGUAAGCUCGGUGAGAAGCAGUUUCGUUCAGAGAUGAAUCGAUUAGGCCAGAUCAGGCAUCCAAAUCUGGCACCCCUUUUGGGGUUUUGUGUUGUGGAGGAGGAGAAGCUUUUGGUUUAUAAGCACAUGUCUUAUGGGACUUUGUAUUCUUUGCUCCAUGGGUCCGGUAAUGCACUGGAUUGGUCAACAAGAUUCAGGAUUGGUUUGGGUGCUGCUAGGGGUCUAGCUUGGCUUCAUCAUGGGUGCCAGCGUCCAUUCCUGUAUCAGAACAUGUGUUCCAAUGUGAUUCUUGUUGAUGAAGAUUUUGAUGCUCGGAUUAUGGACUUUGGAUUGGCAAAGAUGACUUGCUCAGACUCUAAUGAGAGCAGUUAUGUUAAUGGGGAUUUAGGAGAAUUCGGUUAUGUGGCACCAGAGUACUCAAGCACUAUGGUUGCUUCCCUCAAAGGAGACGUUUAUGGAUUUGGGGUGGUGCUUUUGGAGCUGGUGACAGGGCAAAAACCUCUCGACAUCAGCAAUGCUGAAGAAGGAUUCAAAGGGAGCUUGGUGGAUUGGGUAAAUCACCUCUCAAGUUCUGGUAGAAGCAAAGACGCAGUUGACAAGGCUAUCUGUGGCAAGGGACACGAUGAGGGAAUUUACCAGUUCCUAAAAAUUGCUUGUAAUUGUGUCAUUGCUCGGCCCAAGGACAGAUGGUCUAUGUACAAGACUUACCAAUCCUUAAAGACGAUUGCCAGUGAGCAUCAUGUUUUGUCAGAGCUAGAUGAUGAAUUUCCAUUGAUUUUUGGCAAACAAGAUUAUGAUUAAGAGUAGCUUUGGAGGAAAUUAAGAUGAGAAAGGCCCUGACAAAAUGGUAAAACUCCUGUCAGACUGAAUUUACACGUUGUCUGUUCAGUAUUCCAGAUGCUCUGAAUUUAAAAUGUAAAUGGUGUGAUAUAUCCUUCCUUCGAUCUUCCUUUUCAUUUGUUAUCUAUUGCUGUAUGAUAAAAAUAAAACUUUCUUUUAGCUCCA